UUAAAAGAAAACGACAGCCGCAGUCAUCGGCACCUACACCAGAUCUUGUUUUUCAAGGCGCUCUUUUGCAGACAAAAGAGAAUAACUGAGAAAGGAAGACCAACACCUAACCGAAUUCGCUAACAAAGGCCAGCAAAGUUUUUAUGCACCAUUUUAAAGAUUGCAACUAUGAGUGGCUAACAGCUAGCACCGAGCACAAGUUAUUUUGUUGACGUGUUUACUUUUUAAUCUGAGUAAAGGGACGGAAUGACAGACCCAUGGACUUUAUUUACAAGUGACAGUGACUCAUUUCAGGAAGAUAUUCACGGAGACAGAAUGCAGAAAGCGCACCUUAAGCUGGGGACACACUACACGACCAGCUGAAACAUUCUAAGACUGACCUGAACACACUUAAUAACUGUUUCCAUCAACUUGAGCAGAUUUUCGUCUUUGACGAUCAGAAAGGAGCACAAACCUAAUGACUGAGUCACUCCACUACACAACACACUUAAUGACUGGCGCAUCAGGACUGGAAAAAUUAUGUGGAAUCCACAGAUCUCGCGAUAACUCAACUGCACGAGAUCUUGUAUGUAAACAAAGAUGGACAUCAAUACAAACCUAGCGCAAUUUGUGCAGAAAAAAAUCUAAAAAGAGGAAAAACCCGCAGGAUGUGGGUGCGGUCCUGGAUGGAGAGGCAACGUGGACUUUGCACUCUACAGAAAGAAUUAGAGAUUCAGGACCAAGAAGGGUUCAGGAAGAUGUUCCGAAUGACGUCGAAUGACUUCAGUCUCAUCUUGGAAAAAGUGGAGCCUCACAUUUCAAAACAGGACACUAGAUUAAGAUCAGCCAUCACUGUAAAGGAGAGACUCGCCGUAACACUGCGCUUCUUGGCAACUGGUAAGACAUUUGUAUGUGAUUUGGGCUGCUUUAAGACCAUUUAAUUUCAUUUUUGAAUGAAGGUGUGUAUGGAUCAUUGUUAUCUUUUUUUAAGGUGAAACGUUUAAGUCCCUCAGUUUUUAGUUUAGGAUGGGGGCCAGCACUGUUUCCAUGAUUGUUGCAGAGACAUGUGAAGCCCUCCAUCGUGUUCUAAAAAAGGACUAUCUGAAGACACCCAGGACUGAGGAAGAGUGGCUGGAGAUUGCCAAAGGCUUUCAAGACAAAUGGCAGUUUCCUCAGUGCUUGGGCUCCCUGGAUGGAAAGCAUAUUUAUAUCCAGCCACCAGCACACAGCGGCAGUACAUUCAGAAAUUACAAAUGCAGAUUUUCCAUCCUUAUGUUGGCAGCCAUCGAUGCAAACUGCAAUUUUAUUUAUGUGAAUGUAGGCACGCAGGGCAGAGUUUCUGAUGCAGGUCUGUUUGCGAACUCAGACCUUAAAAGAGCAUUAGACGAAGAGCUGCUGCAUGUCCCACAACCAAAGUCACUGCCAAAUUCAAACAUCCAAUUUCCCUUUGUGUUAGCGGGGGAUGAGGCUUACCCACUUCGGCCAGACCUGAUGAAGCCCUCCCCACAUAGACAGCUGGAGUUUGACCAGCGAGUCUUCAACUAUCGCCUUUCUCGGGCACGAAGGGUUGUAGAGAAUGCCUUCGGGAUCCUUGCCAACCGAUGGCGAGUGUUUCAAUCAACAAUGCUGCUAUCACCAGAAAAAGUCACCAAAGUAACUAUGGCAGCUAUGUGUCUCCACAAUUACUUAGGGCAUUGUGGGUCUGAGGCAUACCUCCCACCAGGACUAGCAGAUCGUGAAACUGCAGACAGAGUAUUUGUGUUGUAAGUGGAGAAGGGAAGUACAAGGAGCACUGCACCCUUGGAGAGGAGGAAGAACACACAAUGCCAGCCAUCAUGCCAAACACCUGCAAAAUGUUCUUAAGGAUUACUUUAUGUCCCCAGCAGGAGCUGUGCCAUGGCAGGACAAAUAUCUCUAAAUAAUUUAUACCUGUACCAGUACCACCAAAACACAUGAAAAGUCCACUUUCAGUUUUAGUUGUCAGUUUAGUUUAGUUUAGUUUUUUUGUCUAUUUUGUCUGCACACAUGAAUAUUAAUGCAAAAUAAACCAGGAAAGACCUUACAGAUGUUAUUAGUAUACUAUGUAUAGCAUAGUUAAAUGUGCUUUUAGUGAUCACCCGUUAUUACACAGAACAACUUAUAUGAUACUUAUGAAGAUGAAUCUCAU